GCAUGCUUAGCCCUCCAAGCAAAAGCAACAAUUUUUGAGUGCAUGUACACACACAAGGCAAGCGAUCGCCGGAGCAGCGGCAAUUAACGGCGCCAUUAACAAUCUCCAAAGAAACGCCGCACGCCACGCCGUAUCAUCGGCGGGCAAGCCGGGGAAGGAAAUGGGUAUCUCAUAAUAAUCUCCUGCCGUCUUAAACCCCGGGGAAAGUUCCAACCUUUCCCUCCUCGGAGCAAGCUCCAAACGUAACCGACGAAGAAGCCGCACCACGCGACGCGGGCAGCCGGCCGGCCAGCAGCGUCCCACCGGAGACGAGACAUGCGCCGGCCGCGCCGCCCCGCCGCCGGGCUCCGGCCCCUGCUGCUGCUGCUUCCCGUCGCCGCGCUCCUCUACGCCGCCGCCCUCUCCCUCCGCUACCCCGGCCGCCCCCUCGGCCCCACCACCGUCUCCGUCGCCCUCACCGCCGCCGAGGCCACCCACGCCGAGAGGACGCGGCAACGGCUCCCCUCCCCGCUCCUCCGCCUGGACGUCUCCCGGAUCGACGUCCGCGCGCUCGACGCCGCCGCGCCGCUCCACGCGGCGGCCGCCCGGGCGUUCCGCGAGGGCGCGCGCCUCCUCCGCGACGCCCUCUCCGCCCCCGCCUCGUCCUCCGCGGCGACGCCCUCCCCGUCCCCCGCGCCGCCGCGGUGCCCGCCCUCCGUCGCGCGGGCCGGCGACGCGCCCCGCGCCCUCGCCCUCGCCCUGCCGUGCGGGCUGGCGCUGGGCUCCCACGUCACGGUGGUGGGCAGGCCGCGGCGGGUGCCCGGAGGCGGCCUGGCGCAGUUCGCGGUGGAGCUGCGGGGCGCGGGGGACGGGGACGCCGCCACCACCAUCCUCCACCUCAACCCGCGCCUCCGGGGCGACUGGAGCGGCCGCCCCGUCGUCGAGCUCAACACCCGCUUCCGCGGCCAGUGGGGCCCCGCGCUCCGCUGCGAGGGCUGGCGCCGCUCCGACGAGGACACCGUUGAUGGAUUGGUAACAUGUGAGCAAUGGACCUGGAACACUGGUGGCACACUUGAGGAGUUGAAGAGUAUGUUGCUGCGUAACCGUGUUGCUGGACAGAGCAGCAGUGGUUUCAUAGAUUGGCCUUAUCCUUUUGUGGAGGGUGAAUUGUUUGCUCUAACAAUAAGCUCCGGUUUGGAAGGUUACCAUGUUCAAGUUGAUGGGAGGCAUGUCGCGUCUUUUCCUUAUCGCAUUGGCUUUGAUCUCGAGGAUGUCGCUACGGUGCAAGCAAAUGGUGAUAUCGAGGUUGAAUCAAUGUUUGCUGGUACAUUACCCGCGGUCCAUCCUAACAUUAUGGAAAGAAAUCUGGAGUUGCUGGCCGAACUGAAAGCCCCUCCUCCUGAAGAACCUGUGGAGCUGUUCAUAGGCAUUCUUUCAGCAGGAAGCCACUUCACCGAGCGCAUGGCUGUGAGGAGAUCAUGGAUGUCUGCAGUACGAAAUUCAUCCAGUACUAUGGCUCGGUUUUUUGUCGCCUUGAAUGGAAGAAGGGAAGUUAAUGAAGAUUUGAAGAAAGAAGCGGAUUUCUUCGGGGACAUUAUCAUUGUGCCCUUUGUGGAUAGCUACGACCUGGUUGUUCUUAAGACUGUUGCCAUCUGCGAGUAUGCGGCUCGUGUUGUUUCUGCGAAGUACGUCAUGAAGUGCGAUGAUGAUACAUUCCUUAGACUUGAUUCAGUUAUGGCUGAAAUAAAAAAAGUCCCAGAUGGUAAAAGCUUCUAUAUGGGGAACAUGAACUACUACCACAGACCACUCCGAGAAGGAAAAUGGGCCGUCUCAUAUGAGGAGUGGCCCAGGGACACGUACCCGACUUACGCGGACGGCGCUGGCUACAUUGUUUCUUCCGACAUCGCGGGCUUCGUCGCGUCGGAGAUGGAGAAGGGGCGGCUGAAUCUGUUCAAGAUGGAGGACGUGAGCGUGGGCAUGUGGGUGGGGCAGCUCGACGCCGGCGGCGUGGAGUACGUCCACGGCGCGCGGUUCUGCCAGGCGGGCUGCGCCGACGACUACCUCACGGCGCACUACCAGUCGCCGGGGCAGAUGCUGUGCCUCUGGGAGAACCUACGGCAAGGCAGGCCGCAGUGCUGCAACGCCAGAUGACACGACACACAGCUCUCACUACCGUGGGAGGGACGAUCCAAGCUCAUUUUUCAGGGGAGGUUGGGUAUGAUGAGCUGAGCAGCAGCCCUAGCAGUGGAACCUGACAAGUUUAAGUUAAUUACACUCACUUGCACCACCUCACCUCACAUGUAAUGCACAUAACCAGCCAGGUAGUGGUACAAACAUUAGUUACCCAUAUAUACUUACCAAAUCAUUAUAGUUAUACAUGUUAUUAUAAACUA